UUUUUGGAGACCUUCCCUGUUUUCCGGAGUUUUUCUUUCAUCAUCGCCCAGAUUUCUUCUAUUGGGCGAAGUUCUGGCGAAUUGGUUCCAUUGGCACAAAAAUAAUAUUGUUGGCAUCGUACCACUCCAUCACCGGUUUUGGAGGCGAUCUGGCGUAGUGGUAACAUCCAUGCCUCUCACGCUAAAGGUCACGAGUUCAACUCUCACUCCCGACAUUCUUCCAAAAAAUGGAAGUAAAACGUGACGAACCAGCCAAAUGAGUUGAAAGUCACUAUAAUACAGAUAAAAAAAAAAAAAAAAAAAUCACCGGUUUCGCGUAACGGCGCGAUGCCAGAUCCGGCCAUAACAGAGUGUCACCUUCGUAGGCCCGGAAGAAGGGUAGCGGGCGCUUUUAGAGAUUCUCCAUCAUAUAUUUGAACGUUGAUGGUGCUAGUCGUUAUGUACGGAUUGUUGAAUUUGCCACACCAAGUACUUCUUGGUGACUUUGUCGAUCUUCUUCCAAACCGAGGAUCUGCUUGGCGUCUGCUUUCGUCUACGUCUCGUCGUCCAUUACGAUGAAUUACGGCUGCACCAAACACUAACGGUACAGCUCCUAGGCACGGUCGAAUGUUCGAUUCCCGACUGUUUCGUGAUCCACCUGUGGGACUGGCCUGGAUUUUCUACGUCCGCACCCGUAAUUUUUUAUCGAUAACCACUCGAAAGAUUGUGACGGAAUUUUGCACAUGUAAACAUUACACCCCAAACAAGUUUUACCCAAAAUUUGAUCAAUUUUUACCUAUAAAAUAAAAAGUUACACACAAGAAAGUGUUACAUUUUUUCGAAAACAAUCUUGUUAGUGUAUAAAUAACUCCAACGAUUCACUGUUGUAAUUUUGCCUAAACUCAACAUACUUAACAUCUCGUUCGCAUUGCGUUGUGUUAUCAUUGCGAAUCUGAAUGCUUCUGGUCGACCACCAAAAUUAUCGAUCACAUGCGGUUCGAUUCAUGUCAUACAUGUGCGCGAGGAGGAUUUAGACGAAAGAUAAUACUUUAGCGAUAAAGAGAUAUUCUUGUUCGAUAAACUUGUCUUCGCCUUAGGCGGAAUCUACUCAUAGCGGGUGUGUUCUCUUUUGUGUCGUGUGCUUCGAGCUGAUACCAGUUACUGUCGGAUAGUACGCAAACGUUAUGAGCCAUCACCAUUAUCAUCUUAAGCUUCCACCGUAUCAGAAGAAGAAAAGUCAUGCUAGCGUCAUCGGGGGGAAGAAUCAACCAAAAUUAGGAUCAAGAAUGUCAUCCGUGCAGCAGUAUCCCACACUUCCCGAAGGCAUUGAGCCUUUGGAAAAUCAAGUCGCUGGUCAUACCUUCCAAGAAGGAACGGAUGCUAUAGGUUUGUUGAGCUCCGUUGACGAUGGUUCGAUUUUGAAACCCGCAGGGAAGAUUUUGUGUGGCGCUCGGGAGAUUAAGUUUUAUGAACAGAUCCAAGCAGCAACGAACGAAACGGAUUUGGUGCUUCUGAAAGAGAUUAUACCCCUAUACCGGGGUCACAUGAAGCUACCUGUCGAUGGGAAACUGGUAGAGUUUAUCAAGCUCUCCGACUUAACACACGGUAUGCUGGAACCGUGUAUAAUGGAUGUUAAGAUUGGAUGUCGCACAUGGGAUCCUUUGGCUACGCCAGAGAAACGAAGGGCCGAGGAAUCCAAAUAUCAAGCUUGCAAGCAACCGUUGGGUCUUUGCAUACCAGGUUUUCAGGUGUAUUCCUUGGCGAGUGGCCGGAGAUUGCGAUUUGGGAAGGAGUACGGAAAGAAAUUGAACGAAACUACAGUGAAGGAUGCAUUCCGUAAAUUUCUGAACACAGACAGCGGGCUGUGUCGACAACUACUGAUUCAAUUGUUAUCUGACCUGUGGCCAAUACAGAAAUGGGCCCGCACCCAAACCACGUUCCGGUUGUACUCCAGUUCCGUCCUGCUUGUGUACGAUGCCCGUCGUCUCAAGCCAGUUCUGCAGUAUCAAGCAAAAAGUCUGAGUAGUUCUAGUUCUAAACUGGCCGGUAGUGGAAGCGCUUCGGCAUCCAGUCCAACGGGUACAAUUGCGAGUGGAGCAAGCAGCCCAGUCGCCGGCUCUGGCUCACCCGUUACGCCAACUCCAACGGGCGGAGACGGCACUGUCGAGCCUUUGCAACAUUAUUACAAAAUCCAAAGAAGUCAUUCGGCCAUAAACAAUUACGAAGAGGACAUGAAGGCUAUGCGCGAAAGCUACGUCUUCAUGCGAGACAAUCUAGUCGGAUCAUAUGAGAACAAGGUUUGGGCCAGCGCUCGUAUGAUAGAUUUUGCCCAUGCGUUUCCCGCCGAGGAGAGCACAAUCGAUACCAACUAUUUACAAGGUAUUGAAAGCCUAGUGAGUAUCUUCGAAGAAUUCCUGAAGGAAUGUUAGGUAGGAUGCGUUUGUAUUCACUCUACUGUGUAGUCGUCUAUUUACAUCUGGAUUCCAAACAAAUAUUUUGUUUACUGAAGAAGUGCACCAUACUGAAUUGCGCUUACGAGAUUUUUUACAUUAUGUUUAUCCAAAACAAAAGUGCUUAGUUCGGUUAAUCGCUCUCGUCUUGAUUAUUAUUAUAUUAAAAUUUGGGGAGCGGCGAAUUGUAUGCCAUAAAUAAUGACAAAAAUAAGUUUGCCAAUCUGCAAAUCAUUGAAAGAAAGCC